AUACAGACGGGUUUCGAACAUUCGUCCGAUUUCUUUCCUUUGCCGAUUUCAUUCUGAGGUUUGUCCAAAAAACGGAACUUUUCAGCGGGGGGAAUUUCCCAAUUCACCGGACCCCGCCCUCCUGGAAGACUACAAAUACCCAGCGCAAGGAACCUACAGAAGACUCUUCUGCCUGCACUGGUGCACGUGCUGCUGUCCCCUGGAUUCACGUGCUUCUCCAGGGAUGGAGUCGAAUUUCUGGUCAGUGCAAGUGAAGCGAGCCUGGGAUUCCGUCCCUCAGGUGCAAGAGGCCCAGCCUCCUCUGCUCCCCAGUUUUUCAGAAGACCACGGUCCCUGGCCACUUUCUUUCUAUCCGGUCCUUGGCGCGAUCUCUUCCGACGUUGGCGGUGACUACCAGGAACAACCACUUCCAGUUUGGAUGAAUGACUUCGCGGGAAUUUACCCCAGGACCGACUCUUGCAGGGUUCAGAGCACCUCGGAGCCCAGCAUUCCUGACUCUGUGAGCGCCAUCCACGAGGAGCAGCCAGAGAAACCCACCACUCUGGGAACCUGGGAGGAUGUGGCAGAAGAAUCAUUCAGAGUGGCAAUGCAGCCCUGGUCCUGUUCCAGAGCGUCCCACCGUGGCAACGACGCAAAGGACACCGAGUCCUGCAGCGGGAGUAGUUCCACAGAGUGUGAGCAACCAUCAGGGAGUGGAGAAGUAGACUCUGGACUUUGCCAAGAUGCCUGGAGAGCAUUCGUUGCCUGCCUGUUCUGUGGCUUGUUGCAGCCAGACAGUGGCAGCAGUGAGCCUUAGAGAGCAGCAGGUGCUCUUUUGGCGUUUUAGAGUGAAGUCCUUGUCAAGAGGAUCACUUUACCCAAACCAGUUAAUUCCUCGCAGCCUGCUUCGUUCCGUGCAGAGCCGCCCCCGCCCCCUGCUUCCACAGUAAAUAAACAGUAGUUUG